AUGAUUCACGCCGCUCCAGGCGGCCCGACAGCCGUCAAAUGUGGGAUGAUUCAGACCGUCGCGACAGAAACCCUGCCCGAGAUCGCGAGCGCGAGCGCGGCUGGGACAAUCGAGAUCGAGAGAGAGAUCGAGACCGAGGACGAGACCGCAGAGGGUACCGAUCGCGGUCACGAGAACGACGUGAUAACCAGAGAGAUCGCUCAAUGUCACCGGAUAAGCACCGACAAAACCGUGGGGGGGACAGAAAUCGAGGCGGCCGAGAUCGUCGCCCAGGACGAGAUGGAGAUAGGCGGGACAGCCCUCGUCGACAGGACGAUUGGGAUGACCGUGAUGACCUUGAGAAAGACAAACGAUCCCAACGCCAAAGCCAAGGCAGACAAGCGCAGCCCCUCGCCCGCUCGCCGAGACCGCGGCAGCAGACGAGACGCAUCUCCCUCGCCGGCCAGGAUGGAGCAGGACGAGUACGACGACGACAUCGAGGUCGAGGGCCAGGACGACGACGACGUGGCCGCCAUGCAGGCCAUGAUGGGCUUCGGUGGCUUCGGGACCACAAAGGGGAAGAAGGUCGCGGGCAACAACGCCGGCGGCGUGCGCAAGGAGAAGAAGUCGGAGUAUCGGCAGUACAUGAAUCGACAGGGAGGAUUCAAUAGACCGCUGAGCCCGUCGCGAUAA